GGAACGGAACUAUGAGAUGACACACUUCCCGAGUAGUAGAACACGAGUCGUGCCCACAAGCCGGACAGAAGAGUGCAUGGGCGCACGGAGUUAUCUGCCAACCACGCAUACGUGCAACUGUCUGAGAGUUUAAGCAAGUUCACUGACAAGUGGGAACACAACCCUGGUGAUGGCGCCUUCUAUGGGCCCAAGGACUCAUCUUGCCAUUUCCUCAUCACGCGUUAGCAAAGGCAGAUGCUAAUUCUACUCAACAUGUUGUUCAACAUGAGCAGUGUCCACCAAUACAACACCAUGUUCGCCCGUCAGAACCUGCCCGUCAUCGUAUUCCUCGCCGUUCUCUUGGCCGUGGGUGUGGUGGGCAAUUCUUUGGUGUGUUAUGUGUACUCUUUUAAGUUCAAACCUAGCAACAACCGCUGUUUUAUUGUUGUCAUGGGGAUUCUAGACUUACUUAACUGUGCUGUCAGCAUACCACUUCACAUCCUGGAGCUGAAUUACACUGCAAGUUUUGGGACGUUUGGGUUGUGUGAGUUAAUAAUGAUGUGUGUUACCUUCUUCACCAUGUCGUCUGCUGCCGUGUUGCUGGUCGUGGCCGUGGAUCGGUACAGAAAGAUAUGCCGGCCCUUCAAGAGACAGAUGACACCUUAUUCAGCAAAAAGAUCGUGCGUUAUAUGCUGUGUUGUCUCAGGACUGUUCACGAUCCCCUCGUCUGUCAUAGAUGGACCUAAAACUAUACCCGUAGGUCAGAUUAAUGCCACAAUAUGCAGUCAAAGAAAUGAGGACUCUAACCUUCCCAUAGUGUAUUCUGGAAUUCAGAUGUUCCUUUUCGUUGGAGCCGUAGUGUCCCUCGUUGUGUUGUAUGGAUUGAUAUGGCGCCAGAUUCGUCGAAAGCAAACUAUCAGAAGACGACUUUCCGAAUGCAGAAGUUCAGACAGCACUCCAACGCCAUGUUCAAGAGGCAAAAAGCAUUCUGCAAGGACGUCGGAUAAAGACUGUGUCCAACCAUUCAACUGUGUCACCCCACAGGGAGGGGAGGGGAACAAUACACAUAGUCUGGUAAGAGGGGAUUCCUACAGCGACGCUGCUAACAAUGGAGCACCUUCAUGUGUUAUACAGAACUAUGUGAGAUGUGAGAAUGAUUCUUCUCAGUCAAGCAGUGAUCGGGCAGUCAUUACCUACAGUUGUAGUCAACCCAGUUCCCCUACAUUCAUGCCAGCAGUGCCCAUACCACGACAAACGUCGACGUCAGCAUCUGCUCAAGGGAAACAUGGAACCUACAAGAUAACAAUGGUACUCUUUCUUAUUACGCUGACAUUCAUCCUAAGUUAUCUCCCUUAUCUAGUCCUGGUCGUUGCCAGAUCUGCACACCCCGACCUCCUCGACGAGGCACCUGUAGUUGGGGCCAUCUUGGAGCGGUCAUACUUCAUACAAAGUAUCUCCAAUCCACUCAUAUAUAGUUUCUGUAACGCUACCUUCAGACAAUACCUCAAAUCAUUAUGCCGCAUGAAGACAUGAGUUUGCUUUGCAUUUUACUUGACAGACAGACCGGGAAGUGGAAAGGAGGACUCCUUUACAUCUGUGUAACACCAGUGGAAUGUAUUAUUCAGUGCCCAGUACAUACCACCCAUUAGUCACUGACUACAUAUUGUUUGUUUGUUUGUUGUUCAACGCCGCACUCAGCAAUAUUCCAGCUAUAUGUCGGCGGUCUGUAAAUAAACGAGUCUGGACCAGACAAUCCACUGAUUGACAUCAUGAGCAUCAA